AUGACCAGCAAAACUCUGAGCACCGGUACCCUCAGCCUCCGGUUCAUGCAAAAUGCUAAUCGGGCAAAACACCUGAAAGAAGUGGAAUUGGAUAGAGCAGAAGUACACGACGACGGAAAGUGGGAGAUCGGCCAGGCAGCAAAGGAUGUGUGGGGUUCAUCUUCAAACGCCGAACCAUCAGUUUCGGCUAUCCAUGAGGCUUCUUAUAUCCCAUUUCUUUUCGGUGGAUCAUCACAGGAGUCAAACGCUACAGAUAAACUCAAAGGUCGAAGAGUUUUUGGACGUCAGGGAGUAGAAAUUACCCAAGAGUCAUUGUCUUCAGAGUCCAAACCAACAACCACAACCCCACAAACACCUCCCGCUCCGGAAACAUCAACGAAAGGGCGAAAAAUCCAUCCACGGCCCAUCUCUAUAUCCGCAUCUGGAAGUUCUGGUCGGCUACGUGGUUUUGAACAACUAAAGGAACAGAAAAACGGCAAAACCGCGAAACAGGCCAUCUUUGAGACGGGCGGCGUUGGUGUUGACCUUCGGGGGCCAUCAUCCACAAAACCACAACCUAUUCCCACGAAGGCCACAGUUCCCCCCGACACGUUCUUGAAACCAUCCGGCGUGGACGACCCAAAAGAACUCGACUCUUCCGUAGGAUCGAGCAAAAAUGUUGUGAUUGACGGAGCUCGCAUGAAGAGGUCGAAACGUGACCGCGAAGCUGCUGCUGACCCGUCUAUCGAGGGGAAGACGCCCAAGAAGAAGAAAAAGAAGACUGUGGAGGGUUGA